AGAAUAAUACUAUUUCAUUCUUUCCAUUGGGUGACAACAGUUAGUUUUGAACAGAUUUGAAUGUGGGGCAUUUAAUCUAUCCUGACAGAAAAAUAUUCUUGAGCUGACGGACAUAGUACGAAAAAUAGAAAUGAGCACCAAUCGGUGGGCGGCCAUUGACGGGCGGCGUCCUCCUAAUCGGUCAGAAAUCAAGCCUCAGUAUGUUCACCAUUUGGCCCCAAAGUCCCUGCCUGAAAUUACCCUCACGACUCCACAACAAAAAGAUUUCAAGCAGAGGUGUGUUAAGUGUAGUGUGGUUGCCGUCAUCUGCUUGCUGCUGCUCCUGCUCCUAGUGGGUAUCCUCCUGGCCUAUUACUAUUCCUCCACCUGUGUGCAUGGAAUACCAUGCGGUAGUAAUACAGGCUGUGUGUGGGAGUCUCAGUGGUGUGAUGGCGUGGUGGACUGUCCAGGGGGCCAAGAUGAAGCUCAUUGUGUGAGGAUUUAUGGUUCCAGUUUCCUGCUUCAGAUCUUCUCAACUCAGACCAAACAAUGGAGGACUGUUUGUUCGCAUGGCUGGACAGCCCAGCUGGGCCAAGCAAGCUGCCGGGACAUUGGAUACAGCGGGAGCACAAGUGUUACAUCGGGCCUACAUGAGGCACACUCGGCUGAUGCAUUCGUGAUGGUGAAAUCCAACCCGAACCCUCAUUUACCCUUAGUGCAGCAGCUUGCUGUCAGCAACGCAUGCCCAAACAACACUCUGGUGACUCUGCGAUGUACAGAUUGUACAGGUGGAGGAAAUUCGAGCAAUUCCUCUCGGGGCCAGCACGGCUCCCUCGGAGCAUGGCCAUGGCAGGUCAGCCUGCGACUUGCGGGCUCCCACCGCUGUGGUGGCGUUAUCAUUUCCCCCUACUGGAUUGUCACAGCAGCCCAUUGUGCAGUAAAGGCUUCCAGUCCUAGAGACUGGUCAGUGUAUGCAGGACUUGUGAAACCUUUGGGCGUUGUGAACCGUGUCAUUGCUCAUGAAGGCUUCGACAGAGUUACUUACAGGAAUGACAUUGCUCUGAUGAGGCUGGGCAAACCUUUGGACUUCACAGCCUCUGGUAAUGUUGGUCCCGUGUGCCUUCCAAAUGUUGGUCUAAACAUCUCGGUCCCACUAAAUGGUUGGACAACAGGAUAUGGUGUUUCAGCCGAUGGAGAUUCAACAUACCUGGUUGAGGCUCAGGUCUCCCUCAUGGAUGUUAUGAAAUGCAACAGCUCCAUGACUUACAAAGGACAAAUAUUGAAGGACAUGCUGUGUGCCAAAGGGGUGCAGACUGGAUCGGGUGUAUGCAAAACUGAUAGUGGUGGUCCUCUGGUGGGGCAGAGGGAUGGCUCAUGGUGGCUUGUUGGGGAUAACAUAUGGCCAGAAGGUUGCACUGACCUGAACAAACCUGGUGUUUAUAGCAAUGUCACCUAUUUUUUGGACUGGAUCUACCAUCAAAUGAAGAAAAAUCAAGAUGACUGAAGACAUGACCUCAUCAGUUUUACACUUGGAUUAAAUGUUCUUAUUCAUUGCCAACAAAAUGUAAGUUAUUUCCAUAAUGCAUCCUUUUGUGUUUGUGCUUUAUGUGGAAUUAUUAUGAAUAAGUUAAUGGUUAUCGCUAUUUUCCUAAACCUACAAUUUAGUACAUAGCGGGUGCAGCCAUAAUCUGAAUCUGAUAAAGAUGUCAAAUUUCAACUGCUGCAUAUCUUGCAUAACUUUACAUGUGAAAUGAUAGUAUGUUCAGUUUAGGUGAGGUAGACAGGCGUCAUAUAUUAGAAAAAUAAAUACUCGUUGCCUGAGUUCAUAUCAUCAA